AUGCAGUUCUCCAAGAUUGUGGCUUUGGCCCUUGCCGUCGUCCCAGCCUCAUUUGCAGCUCCAGUUGAUAAAAAACCACUGGCUACCAUUUACAAACUAGCCAAUUUCGAGGGAUACAUGCAAGCUGUCGAUAGGCCAGAAAUCUGCUCUUACAUGCUCCCAGAUCACAACAACCCAAUCGGAUCGUUGAAAGUGGCUGAGGGAAGCACUUGUCAGCUCUAUGCAAGCCGUGGAUGUGGUGGAGAACCAAUCGGCGAAGCCACUUCGGAUCGAACAGACCUUGUAAAGGAGGGCCUUACCGUCUACGCAGUUACCUGCGCUUAG